UUCUCGGGAAGCAGAGGCAUGGUGAGACCAUCUGGGGAAAAUCAAACAGCCAUAGUGGAAUUUGUGCUUCAAGGAUUCUCUUCCAUCUGGCAGCUAAAUAUUUGCCUCUUCAUAAUGUUUUUAGUUUUUUACACCUUAACCGUCUCUGGAAACAUCCUCAUUAUCUUGCUAGUUUUAUUCAACCAUCACCUCCACACCCCCAUGUACUUUUUCCUGGUGAAUCUGGCCUUUCUGGAGAUCUGGUAUACCACUAAUAUUGUCCCCAGGAUGUUGCUGCUCAUUAUAGCAGGACAGAAGACGAUCUCUGUGGCUGGCUGCCUCACACAGUUUUACUUCUUUGGAUCUUUGGCUGCAACAGAGUGUCUCUUGCUGGCUGUAAUGUCCUAUGAUCGCUACGUGGCCAUCUGCCAACCUCUCCACUACCCUAGCCUCAUGACUGGGCCCCUCUGCAUCAAGCUGGCUGCCAGCUCGUGGCUCUGCUGUUUCCUCCUCACAGCAAUCACCAUGGUCCUACUAUCUAGACUCAGCUUCUGUGGACCCAAUGAAAUUGAUCAUUUCUUCUGUGACUUCACCCCUCUGGUCCAUCUUUCUUGCAUGGAUACCUCACUGACUGAGACAAUUGCCUUUGCCACCUCUUCUGCCGUGACUCUGGUCCCAUUUUUCCUCAUCACUGCCUCUUACUCUUGCAUCCUCAUUGCUAUUCUAAGAAUCCCAUCUGGCACGGGCCGGCGAAAGGCCUUCUCCACCUGCUCGUCCCACCUUACGGUGGUCACUGUGUUCUAUGGGACACUGAUUGCCACGUACCUGGUGCCCUCAGCCAAUUCUUCACAACUGGUACGCAAAGGGUUCUCUCUCCUCUACACCAUCCUGACGCCCAUGUUCAACCCAAUCAUUUAUGGCCUGAGAAACAGAGAGAUCCAUGAAGCUCUGAAGAGGUGCUUGAGCACGAAAUCGGGUUUUCUCAAAUGA